CAUCACCAUCAACAUCGUUACCGUCACUUUUGCCAUCAUAAAUCGGAAAGGAACCUAAAUCUCUCUUAUCUAUAGAGCAAUCAAUCCCAACCCUUGAAAGCGAAAUGCCACGACAACGCCACCCCCAACUCACAACCCUCCUCAUCCUUCUUCUCCUUUUCGAAUUCCUUUCCUGCUCUCUUGUCGUCGUCGUCGACGCCUCAUCCAUGGCUAUAACGCAUAAACUGGACCCGAUGAUGAUGCGCAUGUUAUACGGCCAGAUGGUUAAGAGGAAAGAUGAUAAUUUACAGGUGUUUAAAGGAGUUAUGGGAGCAGCUGCACCGGCGAUCACGGAUACAGGAAAUCCGGAGAGACCAUUUGGCGUCGAUGGGGAUACGUUUACGGAUUUCCAAUCUGCAGGAGAGAGAAGCUGCGAUAACCAAUUCAACAGCUGUCAACUUAAAGCGAAUACGAACAAAACCUCGAAUUUCACAGUGAAAGAUUGCGAGAGUCAGCAGAAACAAUGCCGUCUCGCUCAGUCGGCCGCUUCCGUGACUCGAUUCGCUGCCAUCGCGGACGUGACGAAUGCAGCGCCUGAGCCGCAGCAGACGUUUCCAUUUGAUGAAGAAUUCGAUAUUGUUUGUGAUGUCCCUGAUGUCUGAUGGAUGGAUUAAAGAAGGGAGUAUUGGGUUUGAUGUUUAGGAUGCCCUUUUUCGGAGCUAUACGCAUGAGAUCAAGAGUAUGAUUAAUUGAUGGAGACGGGAUGAGAUGACCAAGUACUGUCUGUGUACUAACUACUACUGUACAAUACAUUAGAAAGGGGGAGGACGUAAGGAGGCCGAGUUGAGUACAGCUAGCUACCUAAUCUGCAGAAUCCACUCCAACCACACGAUACGAUCCACAAACACCAUAUUCUCCCUCAAUAGUGAAUUGACACAUACCUCUCCAAAGUUAAAACCCAAUCUC